CCAGAGUUUCAUAAAAAAGAGUCAACCACAAGAGUAUAAAAGCGGUCACAUCCCCGGAACAUCACGCUACUAUCUCGCUUUUCCCACUCAUAAGCGCCAGACAAAGUUCCGGCCAUGCCCGCACAGCCUGAUUCUAGGGUUCCCCCGGCGAAGGCGCCGGCCACGCCUUCAACUGUGGCGGCUCUCAAAGCCUACUGGCUCCCUCUGACGCUCUUCGUCGCUUCGCUCUGCUUUCAGCUCCUCGUCACUCCUCACUUUUUCCCUCCUUCUCAUUACGAUGUUUUGGGGAUCAAACGGUAUAGCUCGAUUGAAGAAGUAACUAAAGCAUACGAAAAACUAUCCUCUAAGUGGAAUUCAGGUGUUGAAGUUGCUUCAACUGAAAAUUUCAUCAAGGUUCAAUAUGCUUUUGAGUUGUUGUCAAAUCAAACAUGGAAAAGAGAUUAUGAUGUAUUUGGUAUAGAUGAGCAGUUUGACUUGAUUGAAAAGGUGAAACUGCAGCAUAAUGGGACAAGUAUUUCUGGGAUCAGGCUCCCUCUAAUGGCACCUAUUUCUUUUGACCUGGCAGAUAAUGAUUUUGGUAUCAUCAACUCUGAGGGCAUUGUGUCCAUGCUUGAAAGUGACAAGGCAUUUCUUGUUCAGAUGUUUUCCCUUGGGAGUGGACAAUGCCAUCAAUUUUUACACAAGUGGAAGAGAAUUGUUGAAUUGCUGGACGGAGUUGCUAAUACUGGAAUGGUUGAACUUAGUAAUGCUCAGCUUGCAACAUAUCUAGCAGAGAAGAAACCUAGUGGACAGCCUUUCUUUAGAUAUGGAGUUCCUGCACUUUUGGCUUUUCCCCCAGGUUGUCAGAGUUUGAAAUGUCUCCACAGGUAUGAAGGAGAGCUAUCUGUUGAUGCAGUUACUGAUUGGAUUGCAACAGACAUUCUUAGCUUGCCUCGUAUCCUGUACUACUGGAAAGAGUCAAUGGGACAAAAGUUUCUUGCUAAGAGCAAACCACAUAAGGUCAAGGUCAUCUUCUUCUCAAAAACAGGAGAACGUGCAUCCCCAUUUAUUCGUCAAGCUGCUAGAAGCUACUCAGCAUUUGCUGAUUUUGCAUUUGUACUUUGGCACGAAGGAGAUUCUUCUUUGUGGUGGAAUAUGUUUGGGGUGGAAUCUGCUCCUGCAUUGGUUUUUCUGAAAGAAACUGGGGUUCAGCCAAUUGUUUACCAUGGCUAUAUCAAUAAUUCAAUGUUUGUGGAUAUUAUGGAGAAGAAUAAACAUCAAGUACUUCCACAAUUAAGGAGUGUGACUUCAAUGGAAUUGGGUUGUGAUGCUCGAGGGUUUUCUCGUGCUGGAAAUGACACCAAGGUUUGGUACUGUGUUGUUUUAGCUGGAAGGCAAAGCAAAGAACUUAAUGAAAUGCGUGAAACCAUGCGCAGGCUGCAAGAAACACUUUCAAAUGAAGAGUUGAAUAAAGUUGAUCAAGAUCCACUCUCAACUUCAGCAGAAGUGGCACUGAAAGAAAAACGAUUGACAUUUACCUGGCUUGAUGGGGAAAAUCAGAAAAGAUACUGCUUCUUCUAUGUCAACUCAGAAAAUAGUUAUGAUACCUGUGGACCUAGAUAUGAUUUAACAGAUGCUCCAAAGUUAUUUAUUGUUCGUUAUUCAAGAACUGCUGCUGAAGAUGAAAAGAGUGAGAAUUUGCACAAAAACAGUUAUGAAGCAUUGUUUGCAGCUGAUAGUGAUCCUGCUUCCCAACUUGUGGCGACAUAUAAUGGUUCACGUGAAAUUCCAGAGAUUGUACGAUGGAUUUCUGUGAUAAUCAAAGAUGGUGACUCCAAUGAUCUACCAUCUUUUAAAACCAAGACUCCUGAGCUGGUUCCUGAGGAUGCAGAUUCCAUUUGGUCCACUGGUUCAGAAAGAAUCACUGCCCCUACCAAAGGAAUAAAGCUAAAGAUGAAAGGUUUUGUAAAUCAAAUCCAUGAUUACCUAGGGGAUCCCAGGAUUGGACCUUUCUUGCUUUUGGGAGCAUUAAUCUCAUUCGCUCACAUUUGGGUUCGAAAAAGUCAGUCCAGUAAUAUAAAACAGUCAAAUGAUUCAAGCCAACCACCAAGUGAAACAAACAAUUCGAGUAGUAAGCCAAAACCGAAGGAUAAGAGGCCAAAGUUAAGGAAAGGACCAAGAAACCAACUGAUACCACCUUCCAUCACUGAUACGGAGCCAAAAAAUGCUCAACAGAUUGAAUUCUCAGACUCUGAUACUGAGUAGUGUGGUGUGGUUUAGAUCACCAACUGACAGUGAAUGGAGAUGGAGAUGGUGCUUCUCAAGGUAACUAUUUGAUAGUUUGAUAGGGGAUCCCUAACUACACACAAUUUGAGUUUUGGUCCUUGCAACAAACAAACAAACAUGGCAUAUUAUUGCUUGCUUUAUAUAAUAAUUAUUAUUUCAUCCUACCAGUAUUUUGUUUGAAAUAAGUUUUCUUACAUUUGUU